UAAUAAUAAUAAUAAUAAUAAUUCAAACGAUGGUAUAGCUAUGCCAAGUAAUCCGUGUGGUGAUAUUUCACUUAUCAGUCAUAACGAUACACCCAUACCUGCUUCCGAAGAAGCAGAAGCAACUCUUAUAUCUACCACUAAUACUAAUACUGAUACUGAUACUACCAACUCGAAUACUGCAAAAAAGAGGCACCGUGUAAAAAGUAUGCUAAGUAAAUUAGCACCGGGUAACAUUGAUUAUUAUUAUAAUCAAAAUAGUUCAGGUGAAACUCUGUAUAGACAACCUAAGGGUCCUAUAUGGAUGAAUGACCAAAUACUUCAAUUAUUAACUGAAGCAACUCAGAAGACAGAUAUAUACGAUACUGAUAAUGAUGAAGAUGAAGAUGAGGUUGAUAGUGAUAGUGAGGAAAAUUAUAAAGAUGAAGUAGUUGCCAAGACCAACUUAUUGAUGGAGCUUCAGACAAAUAGAAUGCUUCAAGAUCAAAGCUUGAGAGAGGAAGAACAAAAAUAUAUGAAUGAGCGCCUGAAUGCUAACUUUCCAAUGUUACUUAAAAAUGAAAAUGUAGAAGCAGUAUUUAAAGCUUCUUUUUGGCGAACAAUUCCUCACUCUGGCAAAAUAUAUAUGACAGACCAUUACUUUUGCUUUAAUAGUAAAAUUUUAGCCGGUCAACAAAAAUUAAUAGUACCUUGGCGAGAUGUGAUCCAAAUUAACAAAAUAAAAUCUAGAAGUUAUUAUUUAAUGUAUGGCAUGUCAAUGAUUGCGAAGGAUAUAAAAGGCGAGAUUUACUUUGAUUUUUCAUCAAUUGAACUACGAGACCAUUGCUAUUCCGUAUGCCAACUGAAGACCAAGGAAAAGAUAAUUUCUGAUGCAAGUUCAAUCAUCUCAAAUGAUUCAUUUGUAAGUACAUCAACAAAAAGUUUAUUUUUAACUAGACCAAAUCAUAUCUCUCCACCAAGCGAAUAUGAUGGGCCACCACUUUUAUCUUCAUCUUCUAUAACUUCAAGCCCUUCAUUAAAGUAUAAAGUACCUGAAAGGCCAUUACAUAUAACGUGUCUAACGAUUGGGUCACGAGGUGAUGUGCAACCUUACCUUGCUUUAUGCAAUGAAUUAAAAAAGGAUGGCCAUCGUUGUCGUAUUGCCACUCAUCCUGAAUAUAAAGAUUGGAUUAUACAGCAUGAUAUUGAAUUUAAGUCCAUUGGUGGUGAUCCUGGUCAAUUGAUGAAAGUAUGUAUAGACAAUAGCUUCUUAUCAGUAUCAUUUAUCAAAGAAGGCACCAAAUUUUUUUAUAGCUGGUUUGAGACUCUAUUAGAAUCAGCAUAUGAAGCAUGUAAAGGAACUGAUGUUAUUAUUGAAAGCCCUAGUGCAAUGAUAGGUGUUCAUAUGGCCGAGAAACUUCAAAUACCUUAUUUUCGCAGUAUGCCAUUUCCUUUCACUCGUACAACUAAAUUUCCUCAUCCUUUUGCUGCUCAAUCCCCAGCUGGAGGUCGUAUCUAUAAUGAUAUGACCUACGUCAUGAUUGAUGUCGCCUUAUGGGCAGGUACAUCAAAAUAUGUAAAUCGAUUUCGUCGCGAUGUACUAGAGCUACCUCCAACUAAUCUGGAUCGACUUGAGCUCUGGAAGGUUCCCUACAUUUAUUCUUUUAGUCCUACUGUCGUACAUCCCCCUAAAGAUUGGUCUGACUAUAUACAUUGUACAGGGUAUUGGUUUUUAGAUAAUCCAGACCUAAAAUGGAAACCUGAUCCAAAGCUUGUAAAUUUCUUGAAUAAUUCUGACGAUAAACGACCGAUUGUUUAUAUUGGCUUUGGAUCGAUUAUUGUUCCUAAUGCAGUUGAGACAACUCUUACGAUUGUAGAGUCUGUCCUUGAAGCCAAUAUACGAGCGAUUAUUUGUAAAGGAUGGUCUACACGUGUUACUACAGAGAAUACUAAUAAUAGUAUUAGUAGUAGUAGUAGUAAAAAAUUAAAGCAUAAGAAAUCCAAAUCAGUUGGGGAUGCUGGAGCAAUAAAACAAGCAAAUGAUGAACAGGAACAAGACAGUGAAUCGUUAUUAGAUCAGUAUCCAGGUACUAUUUAUCACAUUGAUUCAGUACCGCAUGAUUGGCUUUUCCCACAAAUCCAAGGUGUUGUACACCAUGGUGGUGCUGGUACAACAGCUGCAGGUUUACGUGCAGGUUUACCUACUGUCAUAAAGCCAUUCUUUGGCGAUCAACGAUUUUGGGGACAGCGUGUUGAAGAACUUCAAGUGGGAAUCUGCUUGAAUAAGCUAACAAAGCAUUAUUUAACAGAAGCUUUGAUAACAAUCACGCAGAAUAAAUCUCUUAUCUCUAAAGCACAGCUUAUAGGAGAAACUAUAAGAAAGGAGAAUGGACCGAGAAACGCAGUAGAAUGUAUUUAUAGAGAAUUAGAGUUUGCAAGAGAACAAAGAAUAAGGCCUCAAUAACAACGGAUGUAAUUAUAUAUUAUUAUUUUUUUUUCAAGUAUAUCUGUAUUCAAUUUAUUAUCUUACAUAUUUUAAUGUAAAAAUGCUAAUCCAUUUAAUAAAGCUUUCAUCAGUUUAUGUAAUAUUUAAACUUUUUUCUUUUUUAUGUCAUAAUAACUGUGAAUUGUUCAUUCCGUAGUUGCACUUUGCAUCCUAAUAUUCUUGUAACCUUGUACUUUUCCUAAUUAAAAUGAUUCUUAAUAAAUACCUAAAGAUUGAUUAACUGGCAGGAACGCUGAUACUUCCAAGUAAGUAGUUACUAAUAAUAAUAUUAAACUUUUAUAUAUAUCAUUCAAUACCUCUUUUGUUUUGUUUAUGAUAACAUCAUUGAACUCAUGUUUAAGGCUAUCAUAGAAUCAAAAAAAAAAA